AUGAUGCUGUCUGGUGAUGACGAAAGAACCAACGAACCAUACCGUGAACUGUUGGGUACAAUUAUGUACAUCAUGCUUUGUACCAGACCGGACGUGUGUUUUCCUGUAGGUUUUCUGGGACGAUUCCAACAAAAUCCAUCUAGAGCACACUGGCAGAGCUUGAAACGAUUGGUCCGUUAUCUGAAAGGUACUAAAACUAAAUGCUUAGAAUACAAGAAAUACGCUGUAGCUGAGCCACUGGUCGGGUAUGCAGACGCCGACUGGGCAUCGGAUACCGUGGAUAGGAAAUCUGUAAGCGGAUAUGCGUUCAAGGUGUUUGGAAAUCUAGUGUCUUGGUCAAGCAAAAAGCAAACAACAGUUUCCACAUCAUCCAGCGAAGCAGAGUACGUGGCUCUUAGCUCUGCAGUAUCAGAAGGGAUCUGGAUAGCUGGUGUACUAGAGGACUUAGAACUGAAGAAGAAGGAUGAAGCCUUCAUUAUUUUUGAAGCCAACCAAGGUUGUAUUGGGAUGGCGCGAAAUUUUGAAUCAAAGCGGUCAAAACAUAUUGAUAUCAAGCAUCAUUUCCUUCGUGACCACAUUGCGAAUGGACGAUUGAGGAUCGAACACGUAGCAACUAAAUACCAGUUAGCCGACAUGUUCACUAAGCCUUUGGAUUCCAAGCGUUUAGGAGAAAUAUCCUGCCAAAUAGGAAUGGCCGAUUGA